UCAGAAUCAUCCCGGUAUGUCACAGCUUGUUCAAGGAAAGAGAGUGGGGCGCUAGCCAAGAGAGGCUGCUUGUAGGAAAUGGAGUGGACGGAGAUGGAGUUGGUGCAUGCGCAGCCUCUUCGGAAAUGAUCUCAAUUGACUAAAAACUUUUGUAGGUCACCAUUAAAAUAAAAGUGCUCGGCAGAAUGUGAACCGCUGAAGGCUGAGUUUGGAUAGGUAUUCCCUCACUUCGGUCGUCUAGCAGUCUUUCUAAGAGCUCAAGUCCUUGAAGCACCCGAGGGUACAUCAGAAAAAAAAUCUCCUCUUUAUGAAAGAAAACAAUCUCCUCAAUCUUCUGAAAACGUGCUGGAGAAAGAGGAUCAGAUGCUGCUUUGUGUAGCACUGGGGUAAAUCUUGCUAAAAGCAGAUGGAGACACUGCAGUAGUCACUUUAUAUUUUAGGGUUGGAUUUGAGAAAUUUCAGCCGCUGACGGGAUGGCUGGUCAACCGCCUGCAAUGGAGGUCCCAGAAGAUGCGGCGAUUCAGAAAGUAGUGUGGGAGGGGAAUUUCCCGCUGCGGAUUCAAUUGGAGGCCAAGGAAGUGACGACGCUGACACCACCACCUCCCCUCUUUUUGAUGGCGCCCAGGCUCGGCUAUCUCCCCCUUCUCGCAAGCAAGAUUGAACCUCACUUCCGGGCCGCUCUACCCCCCGGCACGGACGCGAUCUGGUUUGAGUACCGAGGCCUCCCCUUGAAGUGGCACAUCCCAACCGGCGUGCUGUACGACCUGCUGGCGGAAGAAAAGACUCUACCUUGGCAGUUGACGGUUCAUUUUCGAACAUAUCCAAGUGAGCUCAUUCCAAUCGAGGGAGAGGAGACUGUGAAGUGGAGCUACAUGAACGCUCUGAAAGAGGCAGUGUACAUAAUGCACGGGAGCACCAAGCCGGUGAUGAGCCUGUCGCAGAAAGACCAGGAGGAGCUGUGGCGAUCGCUCGCAGAAGGUGAUUUCAACAGGCAUACGAGCUCGGCCGCAAGUCUUGGCGUCAGCACCAGCAGCAGACCCCGGUCGGUUCCUCUGCGGCUGUACCUGAGACAAGCGGGGACCAGCGGCGCACAUGUCAAGAAGUGGGAGGAGAUUGCGGUUACGACGAGAUGUGCUGACGUCAUGGACAGCGGCUCCCCGGCCACUCUGGGUGGAGCGCUUCACAAGGCCGUGCCGCACCUGUUCGACGAGGGCGCUUCGAACAACCUGCCCGCGCUCGCAACGGAGCUCGGCCGUCGAGUGAGCGGUCUCGAGAUCGAACCGUCCACCAGCCGACGAAACAGCAUCACGGAAGAGUUGACGGACAGCCCACGAGACACGUCGAGGAGGGGGUCUUCUGCGGAGUCGCCGGGGGGAGUGCCUUCCGCCGGAACAAGCGGAAUGGUUCGUGAGACUUCGGAGGAGGGGAGCGGUGGAGUUGGAAGCGAAAGUACGACUCCGCGGGGAAGCGAAGCGGGGGAGAGUGACGAAGCAAGCUUGGCCAAGAAGGAAGUCGGAGCGGAGGGCGGCGGUGAGGUGCACAGCGACGUGGUUGAUCGGUCGUUCCCAAACGGUUUGGUGGUGCGAAUACAAGGGACGGAGCCUCGAUGGGAUGUGCCUCUGAAUUGGCUGAGCAGGAACCUGAGUCAUCCGGACCACUUUCUGCACAUAAGCGUCUGGAGACGAGAGGCUGGGCAAGAAUAGAGGUGUUUGACUGCGUAGCCAGUCCCCUGAAAGGAGUGGACACUGACGAAGCUAACGAGCUAAAAGCGCCUACGGAGCGCCUAGCGUGAUCGCCAUACUGAAUUGCUCUUCUGGCAUACAAUUCGACCUUGUCCGGUCAUCAUGAGUCGAUGCCCGGUCAUCCCCA